CAUGGAGAGCGGAAGCGGAAGUUGGAUGCGUCGGGUGGGCACCUCAGCAACCAGUAGCCAUGCGCAGCUUGGAGGAGCCGGGGCCCCGGCCUACAGCGACCCCGUGCGGCUGCGUGAAGCCCGCUCUGGAGACAGGGAAUCUUUUAACUGAGCCAAUCGGCUACUUGGAAUCUUGUUUCUCGGCCAAGAAUGGUACUCCAAGACAGCCAUCCAUUUGUAGCUAUUCUCGAGCCUGUUUGAGGAUUAGAAAGAGGAUCUUUAAUAAUCCUGAACAUUCCCUGAUGGGCCUAGAACAGUUUUCUCAUGUUUGGAUUUUGUUUGUUUUUCACAAAAAUGGUCAUUUGAGCUGUAAGGCAAAAGUGCAGCCUCCUAGGCUGAAUGGUGCAAAGACUGGAGUUUUUUCCACAAGGAGCCCUCAUCGUCCCAAUGCAAUAGGACUGACCCUGGCCAAGCUGGAAAAGGUAGAAGGUGGAGCUAUAUACCUUUCUGGAAUUGACAUGAUACAUGGCACACCCGUACUAGACAUCAAGCCCUACAUAGCUGAGUAUGACUCACCACAAAAUGUGAUGGAGCCUUUAGCAGACUUUAAUUUACAGAAUAACCAACAUACACCAAACACUGUGUCCCAGUCUGACAGCAAGACUGACAGCUGUGACCAGCGACAGCUCUCAGGGUGUGAUGAGCCACAACCCUACCAUAGCACUAAGAAGAAACCUAAAUGUCCUGAAGACAGAACUUCAGAAGAAAACUACCUGACACACAGUGACACAGCCAAAAUUCAGCAAGCAUUUCCUAUGCACAGGGAGAUAGCAGCGGAUUUUGGGUUGGAAUCAAGACGUGAUCAGAGUUCCAGAGUGGCAGAAGAACAAAUUGGCCCAUAUUGCCCGGAGAAGAGCUUUUCAGAGAAAGGUACAGACAAGAAGCUAGAGAGAGUGGAAGGAGCAGCAGUCUUGCAAGGAAGCAGGGCAGAGACACAGCCCAUGGCCCCUCACUGCCCUGCUGGAAGGGCUGAUGGAGCUGCCCACAGCGUGGUUCCUGCCUGGGUGACAGAGGCUCCUGUGGCCACUUUAAAAGUGCGGUUUACUCCUCAUGCCGAGAUGGACCUUGGGCAGCUCAGUUCACAAGAUGUUGGUCAGGCGUCAUUUAAAUAUUUUCAGUCAGCAGAGGAAGCAAAGCGUGCCAUUGAGGCUGUGCUGUCAGCGGAUCCUCGGUCUGUGUACCGCCGGAAGCUUUGCCAGGACCGCCUUUUCUACUUUACUGUAGACAUAGCGCAUGUCACUUGUUGGUUUGGUGAUGGCUUUGCAGAGGUGCUGAGGAUCAAGCCGGCUUCUGAGCCUGUUUAUAUGACUGGCCCUGUGGGGUCCUUGGUGUCUCUACGGUCUUAAGGAGCCUCCCUCAUGUCUUUAAGGUAGCAUCAUUGAUCUUUGGAUGUGGCUUUUGGAUUUUCUGAACAAGCUAAUGUUGUGUCGAGAAGCAACACUUUGUGAUCUCAUGGCUUUGGUUGAUUUGGGCUGUUCAAAAUGUUUAUUUGAAAAAUGUAUACAUUAAUAAACUUAACAAAGAGAUAUAAAAUACAGAGAAAUCACCAAAUGCUUUUUGAUCUGUCGAUAUUAAAGAAUCGAAAGGUGAUGCUGUCUCGAUAAUUUCUGAAAGAAGCUGUUCUUGGUGCACUUGAUAAAAUUAAACAAAGGUCAUUCCAGCAGAGACGUUCUAGUUGAGGGGAUCUAUUCGGUAAUUCAUAUUGGUUUUCCUGUCUGUCUGGAAAAGCCUGACCUUUCUAUUUGAUUCCAGAUCAAACCUAUAUCUUAGGAAACUAACAAAAAACAAGUAGAGAUAGUUUUUGAGAUUAAACUUCUGUGUUUCAGAGACUUUGUGACAUAGUCACACACACAUAUAUAUGUAUAUAUAUUUAAUACUGAUUCUAAAAUAGAGACUCUCUGAGAUUUCUUUGGAUGUCUUUGUAUCAGAAAAGGAAAUCACCCCCAGAAGUUCAAGAAAAUUGUUACUGUUUUUUUGUUUUUGUUUUUGUUUUGAGAUGGAGUCUUGCUGUUUCGCCCAGGCUGGAGUGCAGUGGCGUGAUCUUGGCUCACUGUAAUCUCUGCCUCCCAGGUUCAAGCAAUUCUCCUGCCUCAGCCUCCUGAGUAGCUGAGAUUACAGGCAUGGGCCACCACGCCUGGCUAAUUUUUGUAUUUUUAGUAGAGACCAUGUUGGUCAGGCUGGUCUCAAACUCCUGACCUCGUGAUCCGCCCACCGCGGCCUCCCAAAGUGCUGGGAUUACAGGUGUGAGCCACCGUGCCUGGCCUAUAAUUACUGUUUUUUAAUAUACUCACUCUGCAACUAUUUAUUGAGAACCUAUGGGUUAGGUUUUGGUGAUAAAAUAAGAUGACAAGAUGUAGUUCUUGUUGCAAGUCAUGGUUAAUGGAAGAAGUAAGACAUAAAUAAAUUAUUGUAUUAUAGUUUUAGAAAUACAGUAAUUAUACAUGGGUCCUCUGUAGUACUACAUAGGAAGCAGUUGUAAGAAUGUAUUGCCUAUAGGUGAUUUUAAUGAUGUGAUCCCAGAUAACUGAGGAUUUAUGAUCAACAUAACCAAAUUAGACACCUGUCAACAUGGUACAUGCUUUCCUAAUCAUGAUUGUAAAUCUUAAUAGCUGAUUGAAAUGAGCUGAUUGGAAUAGUCUUGAAUAGUUUUGAAAUGAGCCCUACUGCCUGUGGAUACUUGUGCAGAGUCAUUUGUGGCUGAUGACACUGUACUCCUAAACCAAACUGAUUUGUAAUUGCCUUUGAUGUUACCUAGAACUUCUUGGGGAGGUAUCUUUAAUUUGAUUUUUGGUUUUUGAUUUCUUUUUAGAGAUGAGUCUCAUGCUUUUGCCCAGGCUGGAGUGCAGUAGCCUGAUCGUAGCUCACUGCAGCCUUAACCUCCCAGGCUCAAGGGAUCCUCCCACCUCAGCUUCCUGAGUAGCUGGGUCUACAGGCUUAUGCUGCCAUGCCCCACUAUUUUUAAAAUUUUUUGUAGAGACAAGGGUCUUGCCUCAUUGCCCAGGCUGGUCUUGAACUCCUGGCACCAAGCAACCCUCCGUCCUCAGCCUCCCGAAGUGCUGGGAUUACAGGCAUGAGCCACUGUGCCUGGGCUAAUUUGAUUUUUUAAAGCUUUUUAUUUUGAAAUAAUCAGAGGUUCACAGGAAAUUGCAGAAAUAGUAGAGUUCCCAUGUACCCUUCACCCAGCUUUUCAUUUAACUUCUUCCAGUGGUUCCAUCUUACAUAACUAUAGUAAACAUUAAAGGUAGGAAGUUGACACUGGUAUAGCCUACACUUUAGUUUGAUUUUGUUGUCUUUUCUUUUGAAAAGUUAUUUUGAAGCUUAAUCAGGGCUUGAAGCACAACAUGUUUUGUUUAACAUGUUAACAAUGACUCUGGGGGAUGGUAACCAACCGGCCUUAUAACAAGAGGACUAGUAAGUUGUUUGGGGUUUUAUUAUACAGUCUCAGGAUUUUAGAGCUAAGAAGGAUUUUAGGCUGGGUGCAGUGGCUCAUGCCUGUAAUCCCAGCACUGUGGGAGGCCGAGGCAGGUGGAUCAUUUGAGGUCAGGAGUUCGUGAUCAGCCUGGCCAACAUGGUGAAACCCUACCUCUACUUAAAAUACAAAAAUUAGCUGGGCAGUAAUGGCACAUGCCUGUAAUCUCAGCUACUCGGGAGGCCAUGGCGGGAGAAUCACUUGACCCCAGGAGGCAGAGGUUGCAGUGAGCCGAGAUCAUGCCACUGCACUCCAGCCUGGGCGACAGAGAGAGACCCUGUCUCAAAAAUAAUAAUAAUAAAAAGGAUGUUAAAUAUAAUCUGGCUCAGUUUUCUGCCAGUUCCUGAGUCUCUUCAAUGUUCCCACCAUUUGGCCUUUCCAGGCCCUGCCUAAACACCUUCAGAGAUGAGGUAUACACCCCUGACCUGUGCAGCUUAUUCUUUAUGGACAGUGCUCAUUAUUAAAACGUUCUUCCUGAACGUGAGAUCCACUCUGUCCUCCGACAGCUCUGCCCCACUAGAGAGACCACACAGGUUGGUUGUCCUCCCAAGUUAGCCUGUCAUACCACCCCUUGGUCUUCCCUAGGCUGAGCACCCCUUUUUCUUCAGCCGUGUCUGAUAACAUGAUCUCAAGCCUCUUCUGAACCCCAGUCCUUCUUGAGUCUCCAUAUGAGCAUUUGUCUCUGUGGGCGCAACUUCCUGUGUCCUUUGUGAGGAAAUGUGCAUCUCUGGUUGGUGAACUUCCAUCCGUCAGAGAGAAAUAGAAGCACAAAUUUGAAACAAAAUGUCUGUUCCUUUAUGUCUUGGAAACUUAUUUAUCCAUCCAAGCUUUUUUUUUUUUUUAAGCCUUUGAGAACAGGCAACCAUCCAAGCUUAUUCCACGAACCCAGAGAAUUAAAUAUACCUGAUUUGUAGCACAAAAUAAAUAAAUGAUAAACAUUCCCUCAAACCUUCCA